AUGCCCAAGAGGAAGGUCAAGGGGUCAGCGAAGGAGGAGCUCAAGAGGAGAUCAGGGAGGUUGUCAGCUAAACCUGCUCCUGCAAAAGUGGAAACCAAGCCAAAAAAGAAGGCAGGAAAGCACAAAUCUGCAGACAAAAAGGUGCAAACGAAAGGGAAGAGGGGAGCAAAGGGAAAGCAGGCCAAAGUGGCUAACGAGGAACCUAAGGAAGAUCUAAGAGUGGAAAAUGGAGAAAGUAAAAACGAGGAGAGUCCAGCCUCGGAUGAAGCAGGAGAAAAAGAAGCCAAGUCUGAGUAA